AUGAACAAUCAUGUGAGGCAAGUAUGUUUAUGUAUACUUUGUUGUUUAGUCGUUUAGUCAUGUCCGACUAUUCGUGACCCCAUGGACCAGAAGCCUUUAGAACAACGUGCCCUAGCAGGAAUGAAUGUUCCUGCUAUUGCCCCAUUAAAACUGGAGGAAGCAUUCUUGCAGUUCCUCCUGUGGCUCCCAGAUAGACCAGGCCAUUAGUGAACUAGACCUGCAAAAAUGCUGGCCAGGAUGGUGCCAAGGACGCGUGGCUUUAAGCCAAUCUGUGCCAUUUGCACUCAACCUUGGGUUUUAAAUAUGGACGGGAGACAGUGUGGUUACAUUUCCAGAUCACUUUUCUUGGGGCAGUUUGGAAUCCUUCUCUUCAUGCUGUCUCAGAUAGAAGUCUGAUUUCAUCUUGUGUAUCAGAUUCUGUGGUGUAGCUGAUAAACAACACCUCUCCCAAGUCACCAGGUCAAUCAACUGAUGAGAAAGGGGAGGGGUGAUCUCUGUCUCCGUUGUGGUGCUGAGAUUUGGCAAAAAGGCCAAGACCUUCCUGCCCAACUCACCUGCAUGGUGGGGAUGAAAAUCACUCUGGUUGUGCAGGUGUGCUCUACCCUUUUAGGCCAUUUCUGCCAAAUUAGGUUGAGGGUCUGGCUGGGGAUUCACAGAAGAAAGCUUGGCAGACCAGAUCAGACACAUGAGCUGUCAACUGAUCAUUGAUAAUGUAGUGCACUGAGGACCGGAUCUGAACAUGGGAAGCCAUAGUGCAAAUCUCACUCACAGGCAAGCUCACCAAAUGACCUUGAGCAUGUCACUGUCUUUGAGUUAAAAAUGCCUUGCUUAUAGAUAUGAAGAUUUGCCUUCCAUGGUCAAAGCCAAAUGACAGACAGACUAUCCUUAAGGCAUAUGAGAUUCAGAAGAAUUGAAAUCAAGGCUCAAUCUUAUUUUAUUCACAUCUGACUUCUCUCUCCUUUCCUACAGGUCAAAUUUGCCAUGGCGCUCUGGACCAUUAUUCUUCCUCUCCUACUAAUCCUUUCUCUUUCUGAUGGCUUUCCUGAUGAUGAGCGUAUCAAGGAAUGUGGAGCUCACUAUGCUGAGCUGGUUAAGAACCUAUGCCAAGGUAUGUUUUCUGUUGCCUACCACAGAUAAUUUGCUUAUGAUUGCUUUACCAAACUCAAAUUUAUUUCUUGUUUCUUGUUUCUUGUUUUAUUACCUUUUCUUUCUGAUUAGCUUUUAUUUCAUGGAUUAGCUUCUUAUUGCAUUUUGAAUAUGCUCUCAGUGACUUUCAGCUCUUCAUGGUAAAGAAGAAUUUACUUAGCUAGCAAGCUUUCAGUAGGCAGAGAAUAUCUGGAGAAUAGUCAACAUCAAACUUUACAUAGGAAAGUUUGGGGAGCUAAUAAGCUAUAUUUCAAACUCAUUCAUCAGUUAUUUCAGAACAGUGGCCAGGUAUCAAUGCAUAAAACCCCCCAAGAGCUGGUCAGUUCUCAUUUAAAAUAAGCAAAACACUAAAAUUCAAAUAAAACUCACAAAUGGCUACAAACAAAACUGCUUGAUUCUAAAGUUGACAAUCUAGGCACACUUACUUUGACGGAAGCCCCACGCUGAACUCCGUUGGAGUAAACAAGUGCAGGAUCAGCCCUAAACGUCACCACAUUUCCAAAAUAUCAGCUCUUUUCACUAACCUUGCCAAGAUCCCUGAUUCACAUAGCCUGAGCUUUGCGUAAAUCCACAGGAACAUGGCUUCCCUGAGUCAAUCUUGUCUCAUAGGAGGGGAGAAUCUACUCAUGUUUACACCUGUUAUGAAAGUUACCUCCAUGGGAGACAGAAUGGGUUAAGGAUGGCAUCCUGCAUAUGUCCGAAACCUGGCUUAUUGGUCACUUGCUCUGCACCCCCCUGUAUGUUGACUUGUAAGGCAAGGAAAAUAGGAAUGAUAGGAUCAAGUCCUGUUAGCAGUGACUAGUAGGCUUGAGAAGGACUACUUCUCUACUUGAAGGAAGCCCCAUAGUUCUGGCCAAUUGUACACAAGGCUUGAAAGAUGCAUGUACGAGAGAGUGACUUCAGCUUUCAUACAGAAUACUAUAUUUUAAAUAUAGAUCUCCCAUUCUCCUGCAGGAGGUGUUUCUGGGAGCAUUGGAGAAGAGUGCUGUACCACUGACUGCUCCUAUAAGGAGAUAAAGGAACGCUACUGUCCCUGA